CUCCUCCUCCCCUCCUCCACCACCAUAUCAGAAUACCCAUUCCCCUUCACCACUGUAGCUAUUGUAUAGCAGAAUGACAAUAUGGGCCUCUUUUUGAAGUACUACAGAUUUUGCGGCAAGAUGUGGACCAGAGCAGUUUGGCUGGAAGGGCAAGAGGAAUUUGACGGGGUCGUCCCGGGAACCUGGGUCAAAGACAAAUUUGUGUUUUGGCCACCAGGACCAAACGCUGAAAAAGCGAUGAACGAUGGAAAACAACCCGCCGAGACUUGGAGAAAGUUUCCUCUGCUGAAGACGAAAAUCACAUCAGAAAAACGAGAGGAAUGUGAGGAGUACGACGAAACAACAUCACAGGAGAGUGACGACGAAAUCCCCGUUAAGCGCAAGCUAAAAAAGAAAAAGUUCAUUGAUUGCGUUCCAGAAUACUUGGGAGACAGUCAGCCUGAAAGUGAUGAGGAACAGAUUAUGGAGGUGGUGAGUGAAGGUGCUCCUAGUGAAAAUGAACACCUUGUAGCACUUCCAACACCACCCUCUAAGGUGUCGCCAGCUGGGAGGCAAGCAACAAAGUUUGGACAAUCUGCCAUUGACCCUCGAGAGAAAGCAACUGCAGUGACAACGACUAGGACGAUCUCAUCAUCCGGAACUGGACUACCACAAUGCGCUAAUUCCUUUGCCCCCAGCACGUCUGCAAAGCCGCAUGUUCUCAGUAACAGAGAUGAGCCAUCAUCAGCAAGAAUGUCAAGGGCGUUCUUAUCAGCUACAGGCGGUGCUGGUAGACAACAUACAAAUGUCGUCCCACUAAGAGAUGAACCAUCACUUGGAAGACCAUGCGCCAAGAUGUCAUCAGUUGGUGGACAUCCACGAAAUAGCUCUUCCACCCUUAACGCCUUUGGAUCACUGCGGUCAUCUUUCAGUUCAAGAGAUGAAAUAGCACUGGCAGGGACAUCUAACAUCAUGACAUCAGCUGGUAGGGGUCCACCUCAAAGCUCUUCAUCCACCCGAAACACUUCAAGACCAAGUAUCAGCCCAAGUUUGUCUGAAGACGGAUCUCAAAGGUCUUGGUCAAGAGGCAGCAAUGCAUCAAGAUUCAUAUCCAGAUCCAGAUCCAGAUCCUGGUCCAGAUCCAGAUCCAGAUCCAGAUCCAGAUCCAGAUCCAGAUCCAGAUCCAGAUCCAGAUCCAAAGAACGCCCGGUACAAGGAAAGAAGAGGCAGCCAUCUGACUCAUUUCCAUUGCCAGAAGGAAAGUUUCAGAAACGAGUUUUGUACCUGCUCACGGAUAUUCGAAGCCUGAUCCAGAACUUAGGAAGAAGAAAUGAAGAGUCUGAGUCUGACUUUGUGGUCGAGCGUAUGUCAUGUUUGGAAGAACUGAGAGAUGUCGAGGAGGCACUGAAGGUGCCUGAUAAACGACAGUCACUGAUAGCUCAACUCACAAAGAUUGGAGGAGUCAGCCUUAGAGACAAUACAAGCAAAGUGAUGCAGAGGCUAAUGACGAACGAGUUGAUGUCGCAAAUAAAUAUGAAGGGGAAGGGCGGCAAGAUCGCCUUUGAUGGAACCGCACUCUUCAACGUCGUCAAAGCAAGUGUCCUCAAACGUCAAACUGGGACAGAAAGUGAAUUGGCUGCAAUCGUGGCAACAUGUCUGAAGUACGCCCCAGAUCGACGGGGAGGCGGAGGAAGAAGAAAUUAAUUAUUUAAAAAAUACUUUCCACUCUCAAUACCUUCCUCAGAAAUGAAUGUGAAAACUGUUGACACUGUGUUAACUCUUUAAUUACUGAUUUUUCUUCAGACAAAAUAGGUCAGUGAUAAGGUAAAAAGAGUCAUUACUUAUACUUUUCUAUAUGUAACAUUAAAUUGCACGUGAAAAAUGUGUUAUUUAGAAUGUGAAUGUUUUGUAGUCUUGUAGCGAUCCAGUUUUUCCAUGUUUAAACGGAAAACACAGUAUUUUCUUAGUCAAAGUCUUGAGAGUCUUUCCUCAAUCAUGUUAGACUUGACUCAAAUCUGAUGUUCCAUUUUAUAUCAACACUUAUUCGAGGUCUCAAAAAAGGUCAGGAUAACAUUACUCACAAGCCUGUUUUCUACGGCGUUUUUUUCGUGCAUUUGCUGAGGUAAUAUGAAAUUGUAAGAUUGAGUGUCUUAAAGAAAAACAGGAAGUACUUAACCAUAACUCGGAAUCAUUUUAUAAGUGUGAACCGACUGUAAAUUUUUAAACGGAUUUUCCAUUUUAUAGUCUGUAACGCUCCUGUCAAAGUCAUACAGUCUUCCUCACCACCUCUUGCAUUUGUUUCAUGCCAAGUGAAUUCGUGUAAUGCUCAUAGAUAAGUCUGCUAUUAUAGAUAAGUCCUUAAAACAAAAUAUCGAUGUUGCAUCGAGUUUUCCUCAUGUUCUGCACGUUCAACUUUUGUUAUUUAACCCAAACAAGCUCUUAACACUGCAUGUACAUCGAACUACUGUUUAUUUUCAAAAAGUAAAUUGUGCUUGGAAAUGUAUGAAAAAAAUGUUGACUUUAAUAAAGCAUAUGCAACAUUUUAAUGAGAAACAUUGAAAGUGAUCAAUACGUAACUUUUCUUCCCCAAAAAAAUUGAAUUGGGAAAAAAUGAGACGAGAUUUCAAUGUCUACGUUGAAUCAACGUCAUGAUUUCUACGUUGGUUUAACGUCAGCAUUGCAACCUCAGAUCAAUUUGCAAAUUCAAUCAUUAAUCAACGUUGAAUCAACGUAGAAUUCCCGACAUUAAAUCGACGUUGAAAUAUCUACGUUGAUUCAACGUUGUGCUUUCCACGUUGGUUUAACGUCAGCAUUACAACGUCAGAUCAACUUGCAAAUUCAAUCAUUAAUCAACGUUGAAUCAACGUAGAAUCUCCGACAUUAAAUCAACGUUGACAUAUCUACGUUGAUUCAACGUCAUGCUUUCCACGUUGGUUUAACGUCAGCAUAAUAACGUCAGAUCAACUUGCAAAUUCAAUCAUUAAUCAACGUUGAAUCAACGUAGAAUGUCCGACAUUAAAUCAACGUUGAAAUAUUUACGUUGAUUCAACGUUGUGCUUUCCACGUUGGUUUAACGUCAGCAAAACAACGUCAGAUCAACUUGCAAAUUCAAUCAUUAAUCAACGUUGAAUCAACGUAGAAUUUUCAACAUAAAAUCAACGUUGAAAUGUUGACGUUGAUUCAACGUCGGCAUUUCAACGUCAGAAAAACUUUCAAAUUCAAU